GUUUAAUCGGGCGAAAUCAGUAGGGAUAAUCUAGGAAUUAAAUAACCGGGUCGUGUAGAAAGUCACCCGGGCGUGUAGGUAAAACCGUAAUGCCUGGGUCAAUAGUUGGCGUCAAUAGAGGAAACAAAAUAAGCAAAAAGAGCAAUAUUUAUUUGAAGUUGACCAUGGCUAGAGAAAAUCGUAGAACGGAGUUCAAUAUAUCCAGCAUGACUGCGUCUAACAAUCUAGGAAGGAGGGUGGGCAGCAUGAGGAGAAGACUGGGGCAAGGCCUUUCGCUCAACACCAAUUACAUUCCUUUGGAGCCUUUGCUUCGUGUGGCCCUCAGGAAGAAUUGCUGCACGUUUGAAAGAGUCGGCGGUUUGUCGAAGAAGGUAGUCGAGAGUUUCUAUAUUUCCGAGAGGGCGCUCACAAACCUACAAAAACAUAUGCCAAUGAUUUUGGAACGUAUGGAUGUUACCCUUUCCCUCGCUCACUCAUCGCAGGAAUGGCUUACGCCAAAAAAACAAAAAAGCGGAGAAGCGCCCUCUCAGCUCCUUAACAGGACCUCAGCGCCCUUCCAGCUCCUUAGCAGGACCUCAGCGCCCUUCCAGCUCAUUAACAGGACCUCAGCGCCCUUCAAACUCAUUAACAGGACCUCAGCGCCCUUCCAGCUCCGUAACAGGACCUCAG